CAAGAGUACCAUGGAAACUACUGUUGCUGUACGUCCAGAACUUACCUCGGUCAAAGUUUCAGAGACCACACACGAAAGACCCAUCGAUGUUACCCCAGUAGUCCCGGUUUACAAGACAGAAAAAGAUUACCCUGUGGCAAGCAAGCCAGUUUUGGAAGCUGGGUAUUCAUCUGAAGAAGAGCUCGACAUUCCAAUUCAGGUGGUACCAUUGGUUCAACAGGAUAAAUUUAGGACUACACUGGAUACUCCUGUGCUAGGUCGUCCGGAAUGCGUUCCUGUCCAACUCUCCGAGACUGUGUAUGAGAAGUCAAUCAAUGUCACUCCCAUGGUGCCUGUCUACAAGACUGAAACGGAACACCCGAUGGUUAGCACACCAGUUCUUGAAGCGGGUUACUCCUCGGAAGAGGAACACGACCGGCCGAUGGAUGUAGUUCCCAUGGUACCUCAGGAGAAGUUCCAGACAGUAAUGGAUACCCCAAUCGUCGCACGUCCCGACGUGGUCUAUGGGGAGGUUACUGAGACAGUCUACCAAACGGCCCUACAAGUGACACCUAUGGUUCCCCUUUAUAAGGCCGAAUUGGAGCACCCAGUAUACAGUCAACCAGUCCUUGAAGCCGGCUACGUUUCUGACGAGGAACACGACCGACCGAUGGACGUUAUUCCCAUGGUACCCAAGGAAACCUUCACCACUGUCAUGCACACCCCCGUUCCUGCGCAUCCUCAGGUCGUUUCAGGCACGAUGACCGAGGUGACGCAUCAGCAAACACUUCAGGUUGUUCCUAUGGUACCCUCCCACAAGACAGAGGUUCAGCAGCCCGUCAUGAGUCGACCGGCACUGGAGUCGGGCUUUGAGACCACGGUCGAUGUUGAGUGUGAAAUGGCGAUUGAACAAGAGCUGACCCAGACCAUUUACGAGACGCGGAUGACGGCAACGGUGCCCGCAAAGCCCACCGUUGUGUCCGCUUUUGAGACGGUUGUGGACAUGGAACGACGGCUUGACGUGGUACCACUUGUUCCCAAACCGGAGGAACGCUUUGAGUCCAGUCUCACGACGGAAAUGCCAGAACAGUACCUACCGGUUGACAUGAUCGUCGUAAUGCCAGUUCCACCACACUUUACAAAGCAACUGCAGGACAUUGUUGUAGAAGAGGGCUCACGGGUAGUGCUGGAAGGUUCCGUCGAGGGUAAACCAACACCCGCCAUCUCCUGGUACCGUGCCAACACUCCCCUCACAGCGUCACCUGAUUUCCGCAUCGAGUACGUUGACGGCACGGUCCGCCUCACUCUCCCAGAGAUGACUGAAAAUGAGACUGGGACUUACACCUGCGAAGCCACCAACCCUGCCGGUAGGGCCACGAGUUCAGCUAAUCUGUCCAUCCGCGUGAAAGCCCUGGCACCGAAGUUCAUAAAGGGUCUUGAAAACGUCACUAUCCCUGAAGGAAACACCAUUCGAUUGAUUGUCAAGACAAGCGGAAAACCGAAACCGAAUGUAAAGUGGCACGUAAACGGUAAGCAGAUCAUCAGUUCACCGGACUACGUUUUGGAGGAAUUCCCAGACGGUGUCCAAACACUCACCAUUCCGAGGUGUCUCCUUGGUGACACCGGUCGGUACACAGUCACCGCUGAAAACGAAGCCGGCGAAGCCAUCACAUCAGGCACUGUCACUGUUCUCGAACCGCCGAGGCCUACGAUGCCCGCUCCAGUGGAUCAAGUCACGCGAACUGAACUACAAGUUCCGCUCGCAACUCCGCCACCACUCCAACCGCGACAGACUGCCGAGGAGGGUCUUCCUGUCACGCUGAACGUAGAAGCAAAGGGCAAUCCCCUACCUUUCCUGCGUUGGUAUCGCAACGGACAGCCCCUGGAAAGUUCGCCGGACUGCAAGGUAUCGCAGUUGGGACCUUACACGGCAACACCCGAUGUCCUGAUGCCGGAGGCAGCAACGAUGGCAGGCGAGGUCGAGAUUCCCGAGGUAUUUCCUAGCGAUUCUGGCACACUCCUCUGUGUGGCCGAAAAUGCCUUUGGCAGAGCCGAGACGAGUCUCCAGUUGGAUGUUCAACCAAAGGUUCCACCAAUUACACCAGUAGCCACUCAGCCGGUACAAGUAUAUCCUCAAAAGCCGUGGUUUUCAACGGUGUUGGAACCGGAAAUCACCGUACCUUCAGGAUCGCAGAUCGUACUGACCACAGAGGCAGUUGGCAAUCCUCUGCCCUUCCUGCGAUGGUACUUUAAUGGGACACCACUCGAGCCCUCACCGGAAUGCAGUUUGUCCCAAAUGGGUCCAAAACUAGACAACGUGGAGGCCAUCCAGGAUGAACCGGUAGCCAUGACCGGGCGUUUGGUACUUAACGAAAUAUUCCCCACAGACGCCGGUGUCUACAAAUGCGUAGCCGAGAACUCCGCGGGUCAAGCUGUCACGGAACUUGCUCUGAAUGUGCUCGCACCAACUCCAAUGCCACCUACUGGAAGCCCGCCGAAGUUCACAAAGUUGCCGCCUCCAGAAAUACCCUGUUCUCCUGGCGAAACUGCCGUUUUGGAGAUACAAGUGGUUGGCGAGCCUGUACCGAAGGUCUCAUGGUAUAGGAGCGGUAUUGAGCUUCAGCCCAGCCGAAAAUAUAAGAUCGAUUCGCACCCGGAAACUGGUAUUCAUCGACUGACGGUCCUCUCAGUGGAACAAACCGAUGUAUGCGAGUAUGCAUUCCGUGCCACGAACGAAUUCGGAAGCGUGGAGUCCGUAUCGCGGAUUGUUUUGAAGCAGUCGUAA